CCAAUGAGAAGGGACAAACUUGAAUAAUUUGGAGUUUGGAGAGGAGAUCUAGUUGUCUCGAGGCUGGGCUGAAUUCUUUUAUCCGCUGUUACGGAAGAAAUGAAGACUAGAAGAGCGAAGUAGUGCAGCAGAGUUUUCUCAGAACACCGUAGGGGUUGUAGGUACCUGGUGUUUGAACUCUCGUACUUGCAGUUCGUCCCUUUGAAGUCACUUCCGUUUUGGGCCGGACGCAGGCCAAACCAGUGGCGGGAGUUGGAGAUCCUUCAAGGAAUACACCAGGAUCAUCAUGCCUAGACUUCAUAAUAUAAAAAAGCCUCUUGCAUAUCAGAUUUCCUGUUUGACAAGUGAAUCUUAUAAACAGCUGGAUUAUUUGCCUGACAAACUAAGAGCAAAGCUGCUUCCUUUUCAGAAAGACGGCAUUACUUUUGCCCUUAGAAGAGAUGGCAGGUGCAUGGUGGCUGAUGAAAUGGGUCUAGGAAAGACAAUCCAGGCAAUUGCCAUCGCUUACUUCUAUAAGGAGGAAUGGCCUCUUUUAAUAGUGGUCCCUUCAUCUCUGAGGUACCCUUGGACAGAAGAAAUAGAGAAAUGGAUCCCAGAGUUAGGUCCAGAGGAAAUCAAUGUUAUUCAGAAUAAAACUGAUGUUGGGAGAAUAUCGACCAGCAAAGUGACAGUUCUGGGUUAUGGUCUCUUAACGACAGAUGCGGAGGCUUUGAUAAACACACUGAAUAAUCAGAACUUCAACGUAGUGAUAGUGGAUGAAUCACACUACAUGAAGUCCAGAAAUGCAAGUCGCAGCAAGAUUUUAUUGCCAAUAGUACAGAAAGCCAAACGAGCCAUUCUUCUUACAGGAACUCCAGCUUUGGGAAGACCUGAAGAGCUUUUUAUGCAGAUUGAAGCUCUCUUUCCACAAAAAUUUGGAACAUGGACUGACUAUGCCAAAAGAUACUGUAACGCACAUGUCAGAUAUUUUGGUAAAAGGCCUCAGUGGGAUUGUAGAGGAGCGUCAAAUCUUAAUGAACUUCAUCAGUUAUUAAGUGACAUAAUGAUUAGAAGGCUAAAGAAUGAAGUUUUAAGCCAGCUGCCCCCUAAAAUCAGACAACGUAUUGCUUUUGAUCUUCCAUCAGCAGCAGCUAAGGAAUUGAAUACCAGCUUUGAAGAGUGGGAAAAAUUAAUGAGAGCUUCAAAUUCAAUUGCUUCUGAGACUAUUAUGGGGUUGAUUACUCGCAUGUUUAAACAAACUGCUAUUGCCAAGGCAGGUGCUGUAAAGGAUUAUAUUAAGAUGAUGCUUCAAAAUGAUUCACUUAAAUUUCUGGUUUUUGCUCACCAUGUCCUCAUGCUCCAAGCUUGCACAGAAGCAGUCAUAGAAAACAAGACUCGUUAUGUUAGGAUAGAUGGAAGUGUUCCAUCCUCAGAAAGAAUACAUCUGGUUAAUCAGUUUCAAAAGGAUCCUGAGACUCGUGUUGCUAUCCUAAGCAUUCAGGCUGCUGGUCAGGGUUUGACAUUUACUGCUGCAACUCAUAUUGUGUUUGCUGAGUUAUACUGGGACCCUGGACAUUUAAAACAAGCAGAAGACCGGGCUCACCGAAUUGGACAGUGCAAUUCUGUGAAUAUUCACUACCUCAUUGCAAAUGGGACUCUAGACACCCUUAUGUGGGGGAUGUUGAAUCGCAAGACUCAGGUUACUGGGAGCACAUUGAAUGGUAGGAAGGAACAACUUCAGGUUGAGGAAGGUGAUAAGCAAAAAUGGGAUUUCCUGCAGUUUGCUAAAGCUUGGACGCCAAAUGAAAAUUCUGAAGAGCUGAGGAAGGAUAUUUUGUUCACUCAUUUUGAAAAAGAAAAACAGCAUGAUAUUCGAUCAUUCUUUUUGCCAAAACCUAAAAAUAGUCAGUCAGCAACUUCCUGUGAUGAAUCAAGGAUAUUCCAUAAAAAAAGUAUUAUAGUGCCAAUAGCCCCUGGAAAAAUAUUUGCAAGAGAUAUCAUUGAUUAUGAAAACAAUUUUGAACCUGAAGCUAAAAGAUUGAAGUCAGUCACCGCCGGUGACCACUGCAGUGCCUCACAGAAGAAGCUGAGCUGGCCCAGGCAAACCACCCCACCCCUUCCUGGAAAGGACUGGCAAUGUGGUUCCUGCACCUAUAGCAAUAACUCAUUGUUACCUUACUGUGAAAUGUGUGGGCAUCCUCAAGGCAGUGCUGAUAGCCUCAACUAUACCCAGGAUAAAAGCAGAAAUGAGAAAGAUGACUCUCAGAAAGGCAUGUCCAGAAAAAUUUGGACUGAUUCUGAAUGUGAGAAACAAGUUCUUGCCCCAUCAGAACCCGAACCGUUGGCUGAGAGCAAGGAAAAAAUAUCAAAAAUCGAGAAGGAAGAUGGACACAUGCCUCAGCCAGGUGAUGAACAGUUGGAGAGUUCUGAUACUCUGCCAGUAUAUGAUACCUUAAUGUUUUGUGCAAGUAAGAAUACUGACCGGAUUCACCUCUACACCAAGGAUGGAAACCAGAUGAACUGUAAUUUCAUUCCUUUGGAUAUAAAAUUAGACCUUUGGGAAGAUUUACCUGCAAGCUUUGAGCUGAAACAAAAUCGAUCUCUGAUUUUGAGGUUUGUUCGAGAAUGGAGUAGUCUAACUGCCAUGAAGCAAAGGAUCAUCAGGAAAAGCGGACGGCUAUUCUGCAGCCCAAUUCUUGCUUUCGAAGAGAUCACAAAGCAACAAACUAAACAAAAUAGUACAAAAAGAUAUAUAACCAAAGAAGAUGUUGCUGUGGCCUCAAUGGACAAGGUGAAGAAUGAUGGGGGCCAUCUCCGUCUGAUCACAAAGGAGGCCAGGCCACAAGACACUUCUACAAAAAACUUUCUUGAAGAUGGAGCCUGUGUCCCAUUUCUAAAUCCCUGCCUAACCCAAGCUGAUCCCACUGUGAAGCCUUCUACAUCCAAGGGCUAUUUGCAAGCUGUGGAUAAUGAAGGAAACCCACUUUGCCUUCUCUGUCAGCAACCCACUUGCCAAACUAAGCAAGAGUGUAAAGUCAAUGCUUGGGACUCACGGUUUUGCUCUCUGAAAUGUCAGGAGGAGUUUUGGAUUCGUUCUCAUAACAGUUACCUACGAGCCAAAGUAUUUGAAAUUGAACAUGGUGUGUGUCAGCUAUGUAAUCUGAAUGCACAAGAACUCUUUUUACGUCUGAGAGAUGCUCCUAAAUGCCAGCGGAAGAGUCUUCUGGAUAUUACCUGGAUCUCAAAGCUCCCUUUAGAACAGCUUAAUGAAAUGAUAAGAAACCCAGGGGAAGGGCAUUUCUGGCAGGUGGACCACAUCAAGCCGGUGUUUGGUGGAGGAGGACAGUGCUCCCUGGACAACCUGCAGACUCUUUGCACACUCUGCCACAGAGAGAGAACUGCCAGGCAAUCCAAGGAAAGGAGUCAGGUGAGAAGACAAUCUCUGGCAGCAAAGCACGGAUCCGACAUCACGAGGUUUUUGGUGAAGAAAUGAAGUAUAAAAAUCUUGAAUGGAUGACAAAUGGUUUACAUGUGGAGGAAUGUAACUCAAGUUUUUUCGUGUUUGUCUAAUAUUUUGGAAGGGGAAAUUUUCAGAAAAUCAAUGAUCCAACUUCCCUUUUCAUAUUAAAUGCUUUUAGUGUUCACUACCUUUUGAAAGUACUUAACAGAAAUCCUGAAAUGUGGUACUAAAUAUUUCUGUGAUCUUCCUGAUUUCAUGCAGACUCUCAGUUAUGUUUCAGUAAGGUUUUGUUAAGCCCUCAUUUCCCCCUACUAUACCUUAAUCAUGAUAUUAUGCAAAGAUGGUAUUUGAAAAAUAUAGUCUCAGUUACUUGCAAAUGCUGCUGAAUUAGGAUUGGUUCUAGACUUCUGUGCAUAUAAAAUGGAACACUGCAAAACCAUAAGGGAAAUUUGGGAAGCAAAUCAUCAUUAUUCAUGAAUACUGGGAGAAGUGUGACUGGCCUGCUUAGUAUGCAAGAGAGACUCUUGUUCACUAAAUGCCUCCAAAAGGGUUUGGGAUACACAUUUUGAGUGUUUCUUUUUUGUUGUAUUUCUUAGCCAGCUGUCUUGAUUGAAACAAAUGCUUUUGAAAAUAAGCUAAUUGGACCCCUGCUGUCUGUGGACAAUUGAGGAGUUCUGGGUAAAAUAAUUAUUAAAAAUAUUUAAAACUAAAAACAUAAAAUAUAAAAUACCCCUUAAACUUCAAUUAUUAGUUUGUUCUCAUGCACAAAACUAGAUUGGCUGUCAGAGCACCUUUUGUGUCCUAGUUACCGCUUUUUGUUUUUAAAAUUCUGUCUUAUUAAAAGUUUAUUUCUGGUACCUGUUUUAAAAGAAGUGAUGAUGAUUAAACAUUUUAUAUUAAAGCAUGAUCAGACUGAGAUAUGUGUUUAAAAAUAAAAUGUAAUCGAUAUAAAAAAGUAGAAGGGUGAUGAUGAAAUAAAACCAGAGCACAAUCCUGUAAUAUGAUGAAGUCAUGAAUGCAAAGAAUCAGAACUACACAAAAUACAGGUUCAAGGAAGAAUUACAUUCACAAAAGACUUGUUUGUAAAUACUGUAUGGAUGCAACCUUGUUAGUGACUCUCCAGUUUUAAUCAGUAUCUUAUGUUUUACAAUGUAGAGGACUUGUUUUUAGAAAGAUAAUACACAUGAAUUUCCCUUUUAGAGUUUUUAUUAAGUUUAUAACGUUCACUGUAUAAGAUCAAAGAGUCUUGUUUAUUUUACAAAUUAGGUUGGGCUUUCUUUGGCCUUUUUUCUGUUUUGCUGGUGAGCCUCUUUAAAGUUUUCUGCCUCAUUGCCAGGGUAACCUAGGAUUCCUCACAGUUGAGAGCUAAGAGAUCUUCACACUGCUUUUCCUGCAGCAUAGGGUGUUUGCAAGUGACACUUUGGUCUAAGUAGGUCAGGUUUGGGUGGAGCUUGCUCUUUAGAGCAAACUAAGGUGGUCGUUCUAGGGAGCACAUUCUCAGAUGUAGGAACUAUGUAAUGGUUUGGGGUGAAAUGACCCACGAAGGUGGUCAACUCUUGGCCGGAUUUCAAAAAUUCAAAUUAAAAACACUGUAAGAACAUUGAAAAGAAUAAAAUAUGGAUAAAUUUAACCAAGGAGGUAAAAGAUCUGUAUACUGAUACUAUAGACUUUAAUGAAAGAAAUUGAAGAAGACAUAAAUGAAUGGAAAGAUAUUUUGUGUUCAUGGAUCUGAAUAAUUGUUAAAGUGGCUGUAUUACCCAAAUAAA